AUGCACAAUGAGAAUGUUAGGAAGAAUAGAGACAUCUUGAAAAGAUUGAUUGACGCCGUCUGCUUUCUGUCAAAGCAAGAACUUCCUCUUCGAGGCCAUGACGAAUCAGAUUCGUCUAUAAAUAAAGGAAAUUACUUGAAGCUACUUGCAAUGAUCAGCCAUUACGAUCCGAUGCUGGAAAUUCGCAUGCAAGAGUCCACUGUUUUUCGAGAAAUAUCUCCCGCCAUACAGAAUGAUUUGAUAGCAGCAAUUGGCUACUUUAUCACGAAACAGAUAAAGGAAGAUAUUGCGAAAACUGACUUUGUGUCUGUGAUUUUAGACGAGACGUCCGAUCUAGUUAAUAAGUCACAGAUGUCUACUGUUUUUCGUUUUGUUGACCAAAACUGUGAAGUUCAAGAAAGAUUCCUUCAUUUCACUGACAUCAGUGCUAAUCGCUCUUCUGCGGGCUUACUGGAACACAUCGAGCGUGUGUUGAACGACUUCGGCUGUGGGGGGAAACUUGUUGCACAGACAUACGAUGGCGCUGUUGUGGUAGUUGGCCAACAAAAUAGCUUAAAUAAGAGGAUACAGGAUUUGCACCCGUGUGCUAUAUUUGUACACUGUUACAGCCAUUUGCUCAAUCUGACGCUUCAGCAGUCGGCGAAAAAUAUCAUAGGGUGCAGAACAUUUUUGCAAACGCUUUCGUGUUUGACUACAUUUUUUCCCAAGUCUUCGAAGAAGACACUUGCCCUUCGAACGUUUGUAGAGAAACUGAUACCCGGGGUAGCACCUAGAAGAUGGAAUUUCUCUUCAAGACUGUUAAACACCGUGAAAAACCACUAUGAACCACUAACAGCGUUUUUUCUGCACAUACUUAAUCAGUCUGAUGACUGGGAUAAUGACACAGUCUUGAGGAGCCGGGGCUUUUUAGCUUUCUUCCAGAGCUUCCAGACUCGCUUUCUGGUGAACGUUUUCUCGUCAGUGUUUUCUUUAGCUGACGCGUUUUUCUGGGCUCUUCAGAACAAAGGAAUGGAUGUUGCCCUCUGCAUCAGAAAGGUCGAAGAGCUGGUUGCAAACAUUCAGAAAAUUCGAGUAGAAGGGUUCGACACGAUUUUCCAGCAAAGUUCUCCUGGAAGAGGUGAUGACAACCCAGUUAAAAAACCCAGAAUCGAAAACUUCGAAGAGGAAGAAAGCUGCCGAGCCCUCUUCCUGGAAAUUCUAGACAACGUUUUAUCGCAGCUCAGACACAGGUUUCGGGCGUUGACACAGCUUGAUUUCUUCACUUUGCUGAACAGUGAUUUUUUCGAAAAGCACAGUCAGCAGUUUCCCGAGACUGCAUUGAAUUGUUUGGAGAAGCAAUAUGGGUCGUUCUUUGAUAUUGUUCGGCUGAAAAAUGAGUUGAGUGUUCUAUACUGUUCUUCAGAGUUCAGAGACAAGAAUGUUUUGCGUAUUAUGAAAAUCAUGCAUAAAACGAAACUGUAUCAGGGGCUGCCUGAAGUUUAUAAACUUGCUAAGUUGAUUGCUACUAUACCUGCUACGAGUUCAAUUACAAAAGAUACUGUUUCUUCUUUGAAAAAAAUUAAAACUUACUACAGCAGCACACAAGGACAAGAAAACUUGUCAUCCUUCGCUCUGAUGUCAGUUGAAAAAUCUCUGCUUGAACGCUUGAAAUUGAGGCACACGUUUUAUGAAGAUGUGACAGAGAAGCUUAUUGAAAAGAUUGGGAGCAUAGAAUUCAGGUAUAGAUAA